AUGUCUACCCAAGCCGCCCGAAGCAUCCUCUUCACACACACAUCCCCUCAGCAAGGGUUCAGAUUACUCGAGCUAUCCUCAGAACUAGCGGAGCUCCUCUCUUCGAAAGAAGCACCAACCCUCGAGCUCAAAUCCCCCUCAGCAUCACACCUUCCGAACUCAAGCACAGAUUCCGAGCAUCACGACUAUGUCAAUCUAUGCACUCCAAACCGAACCUACCGUAUCCGUCUAGUCCAAUCCUCGAACCCGAUCCAUAUCCUCCAGCCUAGCGACGGCGGCGCCCAACGAGGCGACAUCACCAUGGUCGGCGCGGACGACGAGAUGAACCUCGUGGAGACGGUCACGACAAUCGCAAAGUGCGGGUCCACGCUGGAAUUGCAUACUCCGGCGGAAGGGUUCUCGGCGGUUUCGUUCCUCGGGAGAAUUCUGGCGGUGUACGACGGGGAUGAAGGGAGUGAAGCUGUGGGCUUCGAUCUAGAGCCGAGUGAGAAGGACGGUGUCAUACGUCGGAUUUUUGAGGAUGUCCCUGUUUCACGGGCGCAGUGUGAAGCCGGUUGGAUUGAGAUCUGUGCCUUUGUGCUUGGUCGGGCGCAUAAGGGUGAGGAUGCUGCGCGGUGCUGUCGGCGGCCUUCUGCCAGAGCGAAGCUGGAGGUGUGGAAGAGGGUUCUCGAGGGCGCGGUGCUGCAGGGUAUUCAUCUUGACCAGCAGUUUCUUGUGUCGGAUCUGUGGAAGUCGGUGCUGGAUGAUGGUGAUGAGGAGCCGUUUCCGCGGGCGCUGUUCGAGGCUGUUGUCAAGAGAGUUUGUGAAGCAGAUGGUCAGGCUCAAGGGCUUGUUGACGGGGACAUGAAGUGGGCUAGCAUCGACAAGGCCAGGUGCACACGAUGGGUCGGCGAGACGUAUCUGGAGGCUAUGGCGCCUGCUCAGGGAUCGGCAAUUGGGCGAAGCGAGUUCCUCAAUGCUUGGAAGGAUCAUCUUCCUGAUUCAUGGCGGGAUGAAGUGGCAUUGCCUAAACUGACGGAGAACUCCUACAGGCAUCCAGACCAAACAACAAUCUACUUCGUCAACAACAUCGACAGACAUAAGAUCAAGAAGAAUAUCUCGACAGAUGCCAAUACUGCUGCGGCAGCCAAAAAGUCACGAAACUGGCAUGAACUGUUCAGAAACCAAAAGAGACAGAAGAAUUGA